AUGGCUGAAAUCGCAAUUGGGAUCGUGAUUGAGUCCCUAUUAAGGACCGUGAUUUCCGUUGCUGCUGAAAAGAUCAGUCUUAUUGUGGGCAAGGAAAAAGAACUCACAAACCUAACAGAGCAGCUGAAGAUGAUCAAAGCUUUGCUGAUUGACAUUCACGACAAGCAAAUCAAAACCAGCGUCGUGCAGAAAUGGGUAGAGAAGCUCCCAUCAAUCAUCCUUGAUGCUCAGAUUGUGUUUGAGGAGCUCGAUUAUGAAGUUCUUCGGAAAAAGAUUGAGAAUCGAAAGAGGGACAAAGCCCGCGACUUGUUUUCCUGCUCAAAUCCUAUUGCAUUCAAUCCCACAAUGACUCGGAAGAUGAAGAAGGUUUUGCAAGAAGUAGAAGAUGUUUUUGUGGAAGCAGGGAAAUUCGGAAUUAAACCAGCCGAAUUGGGAAGCCCAUCUCAUGCUCUACAAUCUGUGAGGUUGUCAACAGAUCCUUAUAUUGAGCAUUCAGAAUUUGUGGGGAGGAGACAAGAUAUGGAAAGGGUUAUAGACAUGCUGAAUAAUGCAUCCGAUUUUGAUGUCAACAGAUUGCUGAUUGAAAUGUUGCCGCCGGAAACCAAUGUCAAGGAAAUGGAUAAUGUACAAGCUUUAGUGGAUGAGCUGAACAGGAUUAAAGCUGCCCACAUUUUGAUUGAUUUCAGCAAAGGGGUGAAGUGGAAGAGUUUGAAAGAUCAUAUGCCUCCAAAUUUGCGAACGCUCCACAUAAAAGGUAAGAGUAUCGAGUUGUUCAAAGAUUUAUGUAAACAAUUCCCAUCUCUCUGUGUAUUGAUUGUUGAUGAUAGUGAGGCAACAGCACUACCAGAGUCAAUUGGUGAUAUGAAACAUUUAAGAGUUCUCGACAUAAGUCUCACUAGCAUAAGAUCGCUCCCAAAGUCAUUUACAAAGUUAUACUACUUACAGACCAUAAGAGUUGACUCUUUGAAUGAGGUACCCAAGGGGUUUGGGAAUCUAAAAAACUUGAGGCAUAUAUGCAUGAAUAAACCUUGUGCGUUACCAGGAUUAGGAAAAUUGAAAAACCUUCGGACAAUCCCUGAAUUUAAAGUUGGUAAAUUUGAGGGAUGUCAAAUAGAAGAGCUGGAACACUUGGACAAACUCAGAGGAAAGCUGAAAAUAUCAAAUCUUCACAAUGUGAGCAGCUUUGAGUCUGUUGCCAAGUCCAACUUGUCCAAGAAGUGUGAUCUCCAAACUCUGGAGCUUCAUUGGAACAUAGACUGUGAUGAUGACAUUAAUGUGAUGGAGGGACUUGAACCUCAUCCGAAUGUGAAAGUGUUAGUAAUAAGUGGGUAUGGAAGCCUAGAGUUUCCAUCCUGGAUGAGAAGUAGAAGUGAUUUGUCAUCAUCAAUGCGUAAUCUGGUGAAGCUCCAAAUGUCGAGCUUGUGCAAAUGUAAUAAACUACCAUCACUUGGGCAUUUGCCGUGUCUUGCAUAUCUGGAGAUAGAUACAUUACCCAACUUGGAGUUCAUAGGACCAGAAGUUUAUGGUUUGUCCAAUGUGGAUUGGGCUACAAAGAAGAGCACUGGCAAAGGUAGUAACGGGUCAUACAUCAUUACUUUGUUUCCAGCAUUGAAGGUUCUCAAGUUAUUGAAUAUGACCAACCUGAUAAGUUGGUUUGAAGCAACUGAUUUUAUUCCAUCGAAACCUGCAUCAUCUUCGUCAUCAGUUCAAGCUAAACUAUGCCCUUGUCUGGAGGAAAUAGUUCUGGAGGGGCUACCCAAUUUGAAAGCUAUUCCAAACUUGGGAAGUCUACAGAAACUUUGGGUUUUGGAUGUAUCGUCUUGUGAUAAUCUGAGAAUCUCAUGGGAGCAUAGGAACCCGCAAGGUGAUGAGUUCCAGCAACAUCAGUUUUUCCCAUGGUUGCAUCGGCUCCGCAUUUGCAACUCUGACUACGUAAGUGCUCCAAUAUGCAAUCUCAUUCCUAGCUUGGCUCCCGUUGAGUCAUUGCAAAUAAGGUGUAACCCAAGUUUUUGGCCUGAGAAUUUGUACCAGUUUAUCAACCUCAAGGAACUACAGUUAGGAACCAGAUGGAAAUCUGAUGAUUUGGAAAUUGAUGAUUUCCCUUGGCCCUAUCCUUCCAUCUCCAAUGCUGCUGCCCCUAAUCAUUUUGUCUCUCUUACGGUUCUUUCAUUGUUCGGAGGCGGAUUACCAAAAGUCAGGUCACUUCCUUGCCAAAUCCAGUAUCUGACUUCUUUGACCCGUUUAGCAAUAGAGGAAUUCACUGGGUUGGAGACUCUUCCAGAGUGGUUGGGAGACCUAGAGUGUCUGGUUGAACUGGGGAUUGUUGGCUGCAGAAACCUCAAGCAGUUACCGGAGGCAUUUCGACGCCUUACCAAUUUGCAACAUCUGAUCAUUGGGUAUUGUCCUGUUUUGGGAAACAGAUGCACACAUGGAAGUGGCUCUGAGUGGCCUAAGAUUGCUCAUGUUCCCUAUGUCGACAUUUGUGGCAAUCGAGAAACAGUGAGUACCGAAUUUUGCGAAUUAUUCUUCUCAUUUUCAUCGUAUGUAUAUACAUUAGUUGAUUUGAUUUUGCUUUCUUGUGUUUCCGUUGAUGAUUGUUCAAGAAUAGGCCUGAAAGUUGCAUCUGAAUUGGAUGUACACAUGACUUGA